AUGAUGCUCAACUCCGCCAUCGUCACCUUUGCUCUCAGCGUUGCUGUCAGCGCCCUCCCCCAGGCAUACCCCAACAAGUGCGGCGACCAAGUUUGUCCUGCCGACAAGUCCAAAUGCUGCGAAGUUAUCGUCAACGGAGUUGCAGAGAUUGGCUGCUUCGCCGAAUGCCCACCAGUCCAGGCCCUCCAGCGCAGACAAACAUACCCCAACAAGUGUGGCGAUCAGGUCUGCCCUGCCGACAAGUCCAAGUGCUGCGAAGUCAUUGUCAACGGGGUAGCUGAAAUCGGCUGCUUUGCCGAAUGCCCGCCCGUCCAAGCCCUCCAGCGCCGCCAGACAUAUCCAAACAAGUGCGGCGACCAAGUCUGCCCUGCCGACAAGUCCAAGUGCUGCGAAGUCAUCGUCAACGGCGUCGCUGAGAUCGGCUGCUUCGCCGAAUGCCCGCCCGUCCAAGCCCUGCAGCGCCGCGACCAGCCCUCGACUACAACCGCCGCGUCGCCUUCGACUCCUACCUUUGGUCCCAAGUGCGGCGAUUCCUUCUUCUGCCCCGUCGGCAAGGUCUGCUGCCCCAACGCUCUCUACCACUGCGCCGAUCCCGACAAGGUCAGCCAGCAGUGCCCUCAGUAA